AUGAUAAAACAAGAGACAAAGGGAGCGCAAAAAUCACAACAGCCAUCUGAUGGUUCAACAUCUUCAGCGGGUCAAUGCUUAGCAGAAAUACCAUGCCAACUCGAUCUGGUGA